CUUUCUACCAUUUGACAGCAACUGAGCGACGAUGGCAGUCCGUUAUGAGCUGUGUAUUGGUCUUAACCGAGGCCACAAGACCACCAAAGUCAAGAAUGUUAAGUACACCGGCGACAAGAAGGUCAAGGGUCUGCGUGGCAGCCGUUUGAAGAAUAUUCAAACCCGCCACACCAAAUUCACCCGCGAUUUGGUACGCGAGGUGGUUGGACAUGCUCCCUAUGAGAAGCGCACCAUGGAAUUGCUGAAGGUGUCCAAGGAUAAGCGUGCUCUCAAGUUCCUUAAGCGUCGUCUGGGCACACACAUCCGUGCCAAGAGGAAGCGCGAGGAAUUGUCCAACAUUCUCACUCAGCUCAGGAAGGCUCAGACUCAUGCCAAGUAAACAACUACAACCUGAAACAACAACAAUGGCAACAACUACAACAACAGCUACAACAACAACAACUGUGUGCCGUGCUCUUUUUUUUUCUUGUUUACUAUAAUACGCAAAAGAAAAAGUGUAACAGUUGAUAAUUACUUGAAAAGUCCAAGAAGCCGUAAUUAAAAAGAAUUCAAAUAUUUACAAUAUUUGCGCCAAAA